AUGGCUCCCAUUACAACUCUCCUCAAGCGUGACUCUGGAAGUACAAACUUCUCCCUCUAUGUCUUGGCCAUCAUGGUCGGCUGUGUGGCCCUGGUUUUGAUCGGAUGUGGAAUAUGGACAAUGUACCACGGGAACGAUGAGAACAGUUUCCGAGACGUUGGCUACGAGCAACGAAAAUACAUGCGUGAGGUGCGACAGCGGAAUUUGAAUGUGUUAGCAGUCACAGCAAAGAGGCCAGAUAUGAUCAUCCCGAUAGAAGAGUUAAAUGUUUGA